UCCGUACACUUCUGUCACAACCUGGCGGGCGCUUGGGAAAGUAUCACCUAUUGCCAUGGCAACUAAGGUACUCCUUGUGCUGCUCGCAAGUCACUGCGUUCCGGCGACGGACGUGACGUCACUAAUUGCCAGUAAUUACGCCAAAGUGUUUCGCACAGGAAGUUUUGCGAGUACUGAAACCGACAUAAGCAACAGAGACGAACUGUACGAUGAACGCCAUCUAUCGGAAGCUGAAGUAACUACAGACGCCAGUGACAUCUACCGUGUGUAUUAUCCUGUGAUGGAGGCCCAGGUUGUGACGGACAGCAAUGAUACGGAGCCUCUGCCUCACGCUCCUCGCGUAGAGAGUUCAAGAACCGCUAAUUCUGAGUCUCCAGUGAGCGUCCUGCAACUGAACCCUCUGGCAUCUUUCAUAAAUGCAUUCUUCAGACAACCGGUGUAUGUAGGCGACAACAAUGAGGAGAUGUCAGGGUCGUCUCUGACUCAAGAUUCAGCCUAUGAUGAGGUGUCGAAACUCUCUGACACCACAAAAAUUCCCCCUACAAUAAAGCAACCUAGGUACUCGCAUGAGUCUAGUUCUCAGACUGCUGAGUCUCCUCACCUUUUUGGCAAUGGCCGGACUGCGAAGUACACAGACGAAGGCUACACGGAAUUGGUGGACGAAGAGCAAAAUAUUCAGUAUGUAAAUUCGCACAAAUAUCCUCCUCCAGUUGGCAGAACUUCUCCUCUUCUGAAAGAUGCAUACCAACCUACAGUAUCAGACGAAUCCUACAAACUGAAUGUUUCAUUGCAACCUACAAAAUUGGAAACUUCCUUCGAACCAAAUCGAUUAUACCAAUCUGAGAUUCCAAAUUCCUAUAAAUUGCCAGAAUCUUAUCCUCCUGCGACACUAGACAAUCCUCGCGCACUAACAGAACCAUACCAACCUACACCAUCAGAAAAUCCCUACAAACUAAGCACAGAACAGGAUCAGACCUCUGCAGCACAAGACGAAGAAGAUUCCUACAGCUACGGUUCUGAGAGGAGAGUAGCAGCAAACGGCCACAGCGCGGUGUCGCCUCCACAGAAGCACGAAAUGGCGACGGGCCGCGAGAAGAACCCGUACACAUACUUCUACGUGGGACGCAAGCUGUGGUACAUACCUCUCUUCUUCAGCGUGUACUUUAUGCUCUACGUGCUCGCCCUGGUCGCGAGAUCCAUCUCCAGGCACAAGAUUGUCUUCCCUGUAACUAAGACUAAAUACGAGAAACGGGAAUUGAACUCUGGACUUGAGGAUAUCACGUAUCAAGUUACUACUGCAAUGGAAACAACAGAACGUCUUUAUUUGUAAACCCCUUUAAAUG